AUGGCUCUGUUAUAUGUUAGAGGGCUAGUUGACAAAACCUUAUUUGUGAAACAGUUCAAGAAAGAUGUUCUUAUUGCUAAAGUAUAUGCGGAUGAUAUUGUGAUUGGUUCAAUCUCAGAGUUUCAUGGACAAGAAUUUAUUCAAGUGACUAGUGAGUUUGAAAUGAGCCUUGUUGGUUAG